AUGACAUUUUGUCAAGUUGUCGCAAUUCCACAAUCUACAAAUAUAUAUUAUUAUAUAAAUAGCAAUAGUGGUGGUGGUAGUAGUAGUAAUAGUAUUAGUAGUUGUGGAAUUAAUAAUAACAAUAGUAACAACUUUUUCAAUAUAAAUAAUAAUAAUAAUAGUAGUAAUAUAAUUAAUAAUAAUAAAAUUCUGGCAAAUCAAUGUGAAAUUUUACCACAUUUCAUCCAAAGGAUGAUUGUCAGUCACUUGCUGAUCGAUAAAAAGAAUAGAAAUUGA